AAAAAAAAGAGAAUACUGAAUUUACAUCUUCACAUGAAGAACAUUACUUAUGGGGUAUCUUCUUACAGAAUCACCUCCAACUCAAUUGUAACAUACCCAAAAACACAUGGGACACCCUGUAUAAAUCUAUGCUUCGUUCGUGUUGUCAUACAUGUACAAUAAUUAUAUAUCUCGUCCGUGCUAAUGAUAAAAGAAACGAUCGGCAACUUUUUCCAAUUGCUCGUUUGGUAAAUCGCCAUCUCCCGCGACGCCAUCUGACGCCGCGUUUCGCAGCUAUCUAGUGUCAAAUCGAAAGAGAGGAGAGAAAGAGAGAGAGAGAGAAAGAAAAGAAACAGACAUUUAGCACACGGAGGAAUUCGAAAAUUCAAACGGGCAAGUUUAGUCGGUCGGAAUGCGUUAAAAGUGUCGAGAGCCUCGUGCAGCUCCCGAGGAUCGUGAUCGUCGUAGGGAAACACACGUAUCUCGCUGCUUGAAUAUCGGUGUGUCGUUCGGUGGUGAUUUCGGCGGGAGAUACGAUCGCGUGAUCAAGGUCGCUCUUUGAAAGAUCGUCCGUGUCUUAAGAGGGAACUGCUCUGAGGAGAGACGAUCAGAUCGUGGACCUCCUUGGAGGAGCAACACGGUGAAUCGAAAACAGAUCCUCGUAACAUGGCGACAGAGAACAGGCGUGCAUCUUGCAAAGCGUAACACUCACAGCCUUUGCUGAGAGUUUGAAAAAGAAGUGAUUGAUAUUUAAACAUUGCAAGAGUGUUAUCUGUUGUUGGGAUUGAACGAUAAUAAACAAGAUACCAAUAAGAGAAACAAAGAGAAACUAUAAAUAACUUGAUGAGAAUUUUUGUGGAGCUCAUUUUGAGGAGCGAGAUGCAUUGAAAUAUAAGAUACAUGGUUUAUAUUUGAAGUUGUUCUGCUGAGAUUCAUGUUACACGUUCGAUUGUUGAUCAGAAUACAAUUAAUGCUUCGUAUCGAUUCAACUUGUUUCUUAACAAAUUACAUUCAACCCUGUUUCCUGCAAACAUUUAGUCAAUAGAGUAUUACAUGUCCAAUGAGAAAAUACGCAACAGGGGAAACGUUCAAAUUUCGUUAGUGACAAUACGUGUAAUAUAUGCCUUUUGUUUGUAAAUUUUCUUUUCUAAAUUUAUAUCUGUUGCAAGUCUAUGUAAUUAGUAGUACCUUUAUUUUGCACAGUGUGCUAUAUGCUAUAAUAAUUAUCUUAUUAAGGAAUAUAAAAGCUCCCUAGUAGAUAUAAGCAUUCUUUUGUAGCAUUUUAUAUAUUUAUUUUGACUAUGUAUCAUACUAUAUAUCCGCCGCAAAUAAUGGUGCAGAUAAUGGGUGGCCAACAGGCAAAUAGACAGUGUCCAUCAGUUCAACCACACACAAUGCACAUUCAUGGUGCAAGUGCAUUCAAUCAGGCAGAAUAUGCGAAGUAUCACUCAGAUGCUUGUCCUCAGAAUAGACACAUGAUCCAAACAGGAUCUUAUCCAUUGGAGUUAUUGAUGGGGGUUGAGAUACCAUCUUUGCGACACGUAGAAUACAUGCAGUCGAAUAACAACAGCCAACGUGGACACUGGCAGAGACACGUAAAUACGUCGAACAACGCACCUCUCAUACACUCCCCGCAUCUAACAUUCAGGCCAAACAAUAACGGUCUGGCAAAUAAAAAGUCAAAUUGGUACAACAAAUUGAAUAAGAGAACCUCGUUCCGCGAAUCCUACGUGAAUAAUGAGAAAUACGGCAGCGACAGCGGUUUUAGUUCUCGGUCUCCCACGCCGAACAAGCAUCACGCCGAUAGCAGUCGAACAGAAAGCUCAGAUGAACGAGAUUCUGUAAUCUCCUUGGUAGAACAGAACAUGAAAAAAUCACACAGAGUACAUCCAAGUAAUGUCACGAACAGCAGAGUAAUGCAGUAUGGUAUAAUUUCAAAUAAUUCUAUACAUCAGUAUUAUCAGAAUCAUCAAAGAUCUGUUAAUUGUUACCCCACUACCGUGUCAACGUCUAGGAAUCAAGUACAAACUUACCAGAACAAAAGAAGGUAUCAUUCAGGCAGAAACAGUCCACCUCCUCAAAGACUGCCUAGGAAUAAAAGAUACAUGGGAUUCUUGUCACCCAAUUAUCAUAUGUUUCCCAGAUACGGUAUUGCCCCAGAUCGCUUUUUAGCCAGGUCGCAUUUAAUCGAGGUGACUCGUUCACCGGACGAUCUGUUCACUGGAUCAAUUUGGGACAGACUUUCAAAGGACGUUUGGUCGAAGUUCAUGAUGAAUCAACAGACCGAGACUGUCUAUAGGAACAAGAUGAUGCUUUGGAGAUACCUUUAUGUUUACAUCAAAACUGCAUUCCCAAAGUAUGGAUUGUUCUUGGUUGGCUCAACGAUGAACGGUUUUGGGUCAGAUAAUAGCGAUGUUGACAUGUGCCUUUUAGUGAGGCAUACAGAAAUGGAUCAAAGGAACGAAGCCAUUGGACAUUUGGAGCAAAUAUUGAAAUGCCUUAGGAGAUGCGAUUUUAUAGAACAAUUAGAGCUUAUACAAGCAAAGGUACCGAUUCUAAAAUUCUAUGAUUCGAUACAAAAUUUAGAGGUUGAUUUAAAUUGUAACAACGCUGUCGGCAUUCGAAAUACUCACCUUCUCUAUUGUUACUCUCGAAUUGAUUGGAGAGUAAGACCGCUGGUACUUGUAGUUAAACUUUGGGCACAAUCUCAGAAUAUCAAUGAUGCCAAAAACAUGACAAUAUCCAGUUAUUCCUUAGUUCUUAUGGUUAUUCAUUUUUUGCAGUGCGGUGUCGAUCCACCGGUUUUACCGUGUCUGCAUUCGCUUUACGAAGGUAAAUUCACACCGCACACGGACAUCCAUUGCAUAGACAUUCAGGAAGAACUAGACAUUCCAGCUUCUGUACUCCAGCCUAAGAAUCGACAACCGUUAGGGGAACUAUUCGUGGAGUUUUUUCGUUACUACGUUAUGUUCGAUUUCAAUCAAUAUGCGAUAUCAGUCCGGCUGGCAGAAAAAAUACCCAUAGAAGAGUGCCGAAGGGCACGUUCAUACAAGAACGACCCCCAUCAAUGGAAAUACUUGUGUAUCGAAGAGCCAUUCGAUCUGACCAACACCGCGAGAUCAGUUUACGAUCCGGAUGUUUUCUCAAGGAUCAAGCACGUGUUCGAUUGCACGUACCAGAAUCUGAAAGAGCAUCACGAUCUGGCCAGAAUAUUCAUCAAGGUGGAUUCUGCUUCACCCUACAUCGUAACGUAAUCGCGUUCGCGCAGACUGGCGCAGAAAUACUCGCACUAUCUAGUAUAACUUGGGACAUUCGGAAAGCGGUUUUUUUUUUUUUUUUUUUUUUUUUUUUUUUUUUUUUUUUUUUUUUUUUCAUUUUUUUGCAAUUGGCCUCUCUCGGUGCAAUUCGAGGCUAUUCCGACUGGUGAUUUAAGAUAAAACACAGUACAACGAGGUGAUUCGUUUACGCUUACCUCGGAGCUAACAUAUGCUCGUGUCUUGUGAUAAUAGUCUGCGCUUUCGCGCAACGGCUCAUUCUGUUGCGUUUGUGAACUCGAGUUUUUCUCCCGUCUUGUUUCGUUUCUGUUUUAUUUUGCUAUUUGCUAAACAUCUACUCGCAGAAAGCGCGGGUUUACGCUCGUACUGCGAAAAAAAGAAA